AUGAUCAAUAGUGGAAGAGGAAGAACUCUUAACCUAUACAAUAUUUAUUGUCAUUAUUUUAAUUUUCCUGAUUAUUACACAAAAUUUUAUACAGAACAGGAAUAAAUCGAUAUAGAUUUGAUAUUGUGCCGGUUCAGUUUGUAGACCACGCUUGAAAACUACCACUACGAAAAUGGUUAUCAACGGAACAUCCAACGAGCCCGUGUUGAAAUACACCAAAACGGUCCCGGAAGCCCAUCCACCAGUUAGGGGCUCCGACAAAGCCGCCGGUUACGAUCUAAAAAGCGCCUUUGCCUACGUUGUUCCCGCCAAAGGUAAAGAGAUAAUUGACACCGGUAUUAAAAUACAGCUUCCCGAGGGAUGUUACGGUAGAAUCGCCCCCAGAAGUGGUCUCGCAGCCAAAAACUUCAUCGAUGUUGGAGCGGGUGUAGUUGACGAAGAUUACAGAGGCAUUUUGAAAGUAGUGCUGUUCAAUCAUGGAGACAAUGAUUUUGCUGUUCAACCAGGUGACCGUAUUGCCCAGCUCAUCUGUGAAAAAAUCUACUAUCCUAAACUUGUAGAAGUUAAGGAAUUGACCGACACAGCCCGAGGCGAGGGUGGCUUUGGUUCAACUGGAGUCAAUUAAUAAUUUCCUAUUCUAUUUUAUUAUAUUUUUUUUAUUUUUAUGCUAUAUUAUGUUACUAUUUUAAGUUCCUCGAUUAAGUUAUUUAUUUGCAUACUUUUGUACGCUUGAUUUAAUAAACAUUUUUUAAAAACAA